GAUAUCCUGCCUCCCUCUAUCGACCAGGAGAAUGUUGAGGUUUAUGCCAACUUCAAUCAGCUCUUCAAGAUCAACCCCGAGACCUUUGAGGCAUGGAUGAGCAUCCUAAAGAAAACUCCCAACAGCGUCAUCGCUCUCUUAAACAUCACCGGCUCCCCUCUAGGUCCCUGUUGUCCUCUCCAUCCCCUUCCCUCUUGUCCACCACUUCUUCUCCUGCUCCUCUUCCUCUUUUCUCUUCUCAUCGUCGUCUUUGUCGUUUUCUUCAGUUCUGGAGCAGAUCUGUUUCUCGACAACACUUUCUACAACGCGGGAACAACAGGAAGCGAUGUCCUCUAUGCCGGCGUUCCUGUGAUCUCACUGUCGGGAAGGAGAACUCUGAGCAGGAUGGGAGCAAGUCUGGCUGCAGCGAUGAACUUCUUCGAUCUUCUCGUUCGUGACCUCGACGAGUACGUCGACCUUGCCGUCCGCCUUGGGCAGAACCCGCGCAGACUAGCGGAGACGAAAAUGAAGCUUCACCGCCAUACCCGACUCGGCCUGCUGUUCGACGCCGACCGCUGGGUUGUGGCUUACGAGGCGAUGCUGGCGGCGAUGUGGGAUGCAGCGAUCGCGGACGGUAUUCGUACGGGGGGAAGAGAGGAGGAGGAGGGAAGGAAGAGGAAGAGUAUCGUGAUAUCCUCUCACGUGCUGGACCCGGGCUGACCUAUCAAGUCGCUUCAUGUGAACUAGUCUACACAC